AUGGAAAUGACUCCAGUUCUUGAAACUCCUAAUGAAUCUAUUAAAAAAAGCAAUGUUAAUCAUCUUGAAGGCUUUAGUCUUAUUUGGCUUAAUAACAAUGAAAAUGAUGUUGACAUUCAAAGUGAAUUACGUAAUAUAAUUAAUCAUAUUGAAACAUUUGAUGAUGUUGAAGAAUGUAAAAAUUAUAUUGAAAAUACAUCAGAAAAUGAUCGAUUAGUUCUUGUUACUAAUGGUGAAUUCGGUCGACAAAUUGUUCCUUCAAUUCAUCAAUUAAAACAAAUUUCAUCAAUUUAUAUCAAUUCAGAAGAUAAACAAUGGACAAAUGAUUUUCCCACGAUAAAAGGUAUCCAUGCUAAAAUGGAUGAACUGGUUUCACAAAUUCAUAAAGAUCAUAAAAAUCCUCGGAAAAUAGAAGAACCUGUAUGGGUGAAUAUGUUUACAACAAUAAGUGAUACAGGAAAAUCAACAACAGGAAUCAAUGGUCAAUUUGCAUUUUCUCAAUUAUUACUUGAUUGUCUUCUUCGAUUAAAAUCAAAUGAAAAUGAUCGAAAUGAAUUAAUUUCAUAUUGUGAAAAAGAAUAUGAAGGAAAUCAAAAUGAAUUAAAUCAUCUUGAUGAAUUUCAGAGAAGUUAUUCACCGGAUAAUGUUUUAUGGUGGUAUACACGUGAAUCUUUCUUUUAUAAAACAUUAAAUGCGGCUUUAAGAAAACAAAAUAUUCAUAUGAUUUAUUUAUAUCGUUCAUUUAUUAUUGAUAUACAAAAUCAAUUAAAAAAUCAUCAAUGCCAAUGUUCCACUCGUGUUUAUCGAUGUCAAUUAAUGUCAAUUGAUGAAUUAAAUUAUCUUAAAAAUAGUGUUGGACAAUAUGUUUCGGUAAAUUCAUUUCUUUCGGCGAGUUUACAAAAAGAAAUUGCAAUUUUUUUACUCGGUGAUACAAAUCAUCAAUGGAUCGGUCUUGAGAAGGUUUUAUUCGAAAUGGAUGCUGAUCCAAAAGUUGUUACAACAAAACCAUUUGCUGAUAUUAGUCAAUUUAGUGAUUUUAUUGAUGAAUUAGAAGUUCUUUUUAUGCUUGGAUCGAUAUUUCGUUUGAAUUCAAUUAUUCGUGAUGAUGAAAAUCAAAUUUGGAUUAUUCAAAUGUGUUUAUGUAGUGAUGAUGAACAUAAUUUAAAACAAAUUCUUAUGGAUAUGAAAAAUGAAAUUGGAGAUGGUGAAACAAAUCUUUGUAUUUUAGGAACAGUUGUACGAAGAAUGGGACAUUUCGAUUUAGCGAAGAAAUAUUAUUAUCGCUGUUUAGAUGAACUUUCACAAAAUGAUCCUUUACUACUUACUGUUUAUAAAGAUUUGGCUGAAAUUGCUUCUCAACAAAAAGAUUAUGAAGAAUAUCUUCGAUUGAGACACAUUUUAGUGAAAAUCAAAGAGGAAAUACAAUUAAAUGAUAAUGAGAUUGAGACUAGUGAAAUAAAUAAAUUAACCGACAAUGACACAAUACAAAAACGAAAAUCAAAAAAUUAUAUUCGAUGUAAUAGGCAUCUAAAAUUAUUGAUAUAUAGCUGUAUUCUUAUUUUGAUGAUUGGAACUGGAAUAUUUACAUUACGAUAUAUAAUUACAAAAAAACCACCAAUAUCUCCAAAAGAACAGAAAUCAACGAUAACGUCAACCAAAUCAUCAUCACGACCGCCACCAAGAAUGAGAACAGCCAAAAGAACAACUACAACGAUAGCGGCAUCGACAUCACCACUACUACUACUAUCAACAGCAACUACAACGAUAGCGACAUCGACAUCACCACUACUACUACCAACAGCAACUACAACUACAACAACAACCACACCACUACCAGCCGCAACGAUAACAACAACCACAUCACUACCAACCGCAACUACAAUAACAACCAUACCACUACCAACCGCAACUACAACAACAACAACAACCACACCAUUACCAAUCGCAACUACAACAGCAACAAAAAUAAAAAUAAAAACCACACCACUUCCACCGACAAAAACAACAGAAAUAACCACACCAGCAACAAAAACUACAGCCAAAACAACAACAAUGCUAACCGCACUUUCAUUUAAUCAACCAAAGUUUUGUCCAAUACCAGAUUGGAAUCCUUUUGGAAUCACUUUUACUAAUAAAACAACACUUGGGAAGUAUUGUCGCAACCUUUUUAUCAAUACAAACAACACAGUUUAUACAGUUGAUCGGGAUGAGAAACAAAUCUUAAUGUGGAUUAACAAUAGUAUCAAUCCAAACAAAAUUAUAUCUGCCAAUUUCUUUGAUUCAAAAUCCAUCUUCGUUACAAAUAAUGGUAAUAUUUAUUAUGAUGACGGUAUGAUAAAUGGUCGAGUUGAUAAAAAGAUAUCAAAUACAAAUACUUUUGUUAAUGUCAUGGAUGUUGAUUCACCAUGUUAUGGUCUCUUUAUCGAUAUUAAUGAUACUUUAUACUGUUCAAUGUUUCUGCGUGAUAAGAUUAUCAAAAGAUGGUUAGAUGAUAGUGAAUUGAUAUCAACGACUGCAGCUGGAACAGGUAGAAGUGGUUUUGCUUCGAAUGAACUUCAUGGUCCUAUGGGGAUCUUUGUUGAUUUAAACUUUGAUUUAUAUGUAGCAGAUUGUUAUAAUCAUCGAAUUCAACUAUUUAAACAUGGAGAAUUAAAUGGAACAACAAUAGUUGGAAAAGGAUCACCAAAUAACAUUAUUUCACUCUAUCAUCCAACUGGAAUUGUAUUAGAUGCUGAUAAAUAUCUUUUUAUAGUCGAUUACGGCAAUCAUCGUAUAAUUAGAUCAGGAUCAAAUGAUAUUCGAUGUAUAAUUGGAUGUGAUAGAAAAGGAUCACAAUCUCAUCAAUUAUCAUCUCCAACAAGUCUUAGUUUCGAUAGUUAUGGAAACAUAUUUAUUACUGAUAGCUCCAAUCAUCGUAUUCAAAAAUUUGAUUUCUUAUUGAGUUCUUGUGGUAAGUUUAAAAUAAUUGGAUAA